AUGGAGGGCAACGGGCCCAGCGGAUUUGGCGGAAACAUCCUGGGCGGACGGGACGGCGACGAGGCAUGGCAACUUCCCGCUCAGAGUCGGGUGCAACUCGCCUUGAAGGGUGAUAUGGAGGGCUCGCUGUUUUCCAAACACCACGUGUGGCUCGUGAUCCAGCCAGAGCGAGGAACGUCGGUCGAACGGCGCUACUCGGACUUUGUCUACCUCCUCGACGCGCUCACCAAGCGCUACCCCUUCCGGCUCCUCCCCUCCCUCCCGCCGAAACGCAUCCAGCUGCAAGGACGGUACCUCGCUGCGGACGAUCUGUUCCUCGAGCGACGACGGAAGGGACUGGAGAGGGCACUGACGGCGCUGACGAGUCAUCCGGUUAUCAAGCACGAUGGGUUGUUGGCGACUUUUCUGAACGAGCAGACCGACCUCACGCUCUACCGCAAAGCCCACCCCUUCGAUCUCUCUGAAGAAUCCCACACGCGCACCCUCUCCCCCUCGGACCUCUCCAAGCUUCCCCAGGACCUCGACUCGCGCCUCACCCUCUUGCGGCAACGGAUCGCCCCGCUAGUCGAGCACUGGACCCGCAUAACCACAACGCUCGACCGACUCGCCCAUCGCCGUCUGAACCAAUCAAAGGAGUACGAGGCGUUCAAAGAGUCGCUCGAGGCGGCUGUGAGGGUCGAGAGGGAGCAGGGCGCAGAGGCAUACAAGCAGAGGAUGGUCGAGCAGACGGAGAGGGAGGUGCUUGCGACGGCGAGGGUGGCGGGAGAGGUGGGCGAGACGGAGGGCGCGAGCGCGAGGAGGAAACUCGAGACGGUCGUCGAGGAGGUCAAGCGGCACCGCGAGAUCUACGUCAACUUGCGCGACCUCUUCGCGCGGCAAACAACGCUCGGCAUCGACAAUGUCGACAAACUGCGCAAGCGCGUCGAGACCAACACCUCCAAGCUCUCCAUCCUCCGCACCGCCUCCCCCCGCCCGCCCACAUUCGACGCAGACGCCGACCGCCUCACCUCCCUCAUCGACGCAGACCAACGCUCGAUUGACCAGCUCCUGAGAAGGCGAGAUUUCGUGAGGUGGUGUGUUUGGGAAGAGGUUGGCUGGGCGUUUCGAUGCACUUCGCUCCUCUCCCUCGCGCUCAAGGGAUACGCGGCGGACGAGACGGCGUAUGCGAAGAGGCUGGCGGAACAGUGGGGCGCGUUGGCUGAGGCAUUGGGGCCGACGCAGCUGUGA